UCCACCGUUGAAAACCCUUAAACCUUUUACGAAAUUAACAAUUCCGCGUAUUUAUUUUCAUUUGUGAAAUCACAGUUAACUACUACACAACAUCAAUAAUAGUGACAAUCAAAACAUAAUAAUAAUUGAGCAGUCAGUAGUUCCAACGCGAUUAAACGUGAUGGACGCACCAAAACCAAAGGAUUUGUAUAGGGAAACACCCAUCAGAUAUUUGGGUUAUGCGAACGAGGUGGGCGAGGCAUUUAGGGGGUGGAUUGGCAGCAAAUGGGUUAACGCAACUUACGGAGUCGCCACACUUUAUGUAUUAGCGGAUACUAUUGAUAAAAGUAUUAAUUCGUACGAGACGAACAAGAAUGAAAGAAAUCACAUUAAAAAAGUGACAUACACAACAAUUGAUACGCUUUUAUGGCAAUUUUUGGCCUCCGUCAUUAUACCCGGGGCAACGAUAAAUCGAGUUUGCGCUGUAUCAAAUUAUUUGCUCAAAAGAGUGGAAAAAUUACCUAAAAACACAAGAAAAUAUACAGUAACAACCAUUGGUUUAGUCACGAUUCCUUUUAUCAUCAAACCCAUUGAUAAUUUAGUUGACAAUUUAAUGGAUGCGACAAUUAGGAAAGUUCAACCAAAAUAAAUAAAAAACAAUGAUAAUAGUUUUAAAAAAUAGAAACACUGCCUACAAAUAUUAAUUUUAAAGUAGUACAUUUAAAAUUUAAACAUUGUACUAAAAUUAUAAAAUAAAUUUUGGAAAAUGUAAUUUUAGAGUAAAGAAAGCUUUAAUGUCAAUUGUUGCCAAUUAAUUGUUAAAAUGUAAAUGAUUAUUUUGUUAUGUUGAUGUUAUAAA